AAUUGUUGUGUUUAGUACUCAUCAAUAUGUGAUUAUCGAAGCUUCACAACUUGAACAUGAUAACAAUUUCUGGUGAAAACAAUCGAGUUCCAAUUCAACCACAUACUGCUUGGUUGGUUGGUUCACAAAGUUUGAGCUGGUACUGGCAACCUACGCAUCGCAGGAGGAAAGGCCAUGCUGCCAGCGUACUAGGUCUGGGGCACAAGCUCUCCUUGCUCCAGAUCUGAAUCUUGGGCAAGGCACAUGUUGUCUGUGCAGGCAGGCUGGUCUCAUUCGUCUUUCCUAUCGUCUUUUCGGACACUGCUUGCUCUCACAAUCUGGGGCCCGUCGAAUGUCUCUGCACUUGGCAGCAACAGGAUGGUGCCCCUCCUCCCUGUACUGUACUUACGUGGAUGCGAAGUGCAACUGUGCAGUGCAGUUUCCUGAAAGCGGAAAAGGCCAAACCGGGUGGUGCAAAUGUGUAAACAGAGUGUAGUUUGAAACAAGGAGUCAAAUAUGUGUUAGGGCAGUGAUGCUGUUGGAGAUAAACUUAAGCAUGCAGUAUAGAUAUACGAUGAUGCUGAUGGUGGUGCGUCUUUGUAUAUUUUAUUUUAUUUGUGCUCCCCACCACCACCACCAUCACACACCUACCUACCACCAGUUGCCAUCCAUCCAAUCAUGCAGUGACACUAAUAGCUGUUAUACAAAGACGAAAACACACUCUGUUCCUGUUAGUUACUUGGUAAACUGAAGUUGGGUUUAGGACUCUGAGCUGGGCUGGUACAGUGACAUGAUAAACCACCAGUAAAUGGCCUGAAAUGAAAAGACAGACAGCGCAUGGAUACCCAACUGUGUGGCACAAACAAGCAGUGAAACAAUGUGAAUCAGGAAACAAAAGAGAAGAAAAGAAAAUAAAGGAGAAAGAUUCAGUGGUGGUGCUGGGUGCGGGGUGUAUCAAAUAUUUCCCUGAGCCCCGGAUAACCGGAUUCCAGAGCGGCGGCCUGCGACAGGAACAGUGGGUGGGGCCGGGAGCGCCUCUCGCUCUCCACUACCAGUCCACCACCUCGCUCGCAGCUCUUUCCUCCUCCUUUUCCUUCCUUUUUUCUUUUUUUCCCAGCCCACCUCGCUCGCUCCCUUCCCUUCCCAGUGGAAGUGGAUUGGUUGAUUGAUCGCACAGAGCUCGCCUCACAUCCACACAGCCCGAGCUGCUGCCCGCCCACCCGCCUGUAGCUCCCCUCCUCACGGAGCAGGCAGGCAGGCAGGCUGGGAUUCCCGUCGAAGCAGGGCAGGAGCUAGGGCGGGUGGAGGAGCCUUUGCCCGGGAACGAGGAGAGGAGGUGGCAGUGGCACCCCGCGGCUAGGGCAGCGAGAGAGGGGCGAAGAGGAAGGCGGCGGGCGCGUCCGCCAUGGCUAGCGAGGAAGUACUCCACAAGGCCGGUCUCGCUACUCUCGCCUCUACUUCUACUCCGUCGCCUUUGCCGCUGCAUCCAUUCCCAGUCUACCCCGCGCGGGCUCCCUCGCCUACCUACCAGCUUUAAUUGUCGCUUCGCGCGGAUUUAAUUGUCGCUGCUCCUUGCGGUUUUGCUUUGCUCCGGGGCCUUGCUGCUGCCUGCUGGUACCGUACCGACUCCGCGUCAAGGAACAUGCUGCUUUCGGGCCCCAUGUUCAAAUUGCUAACCUAGGGUUUGGGUGGAACACCAAGGGUCUAGACAGACAUCUAGAAGAGUUUGUGUAUGCUUAUUUUGAUGGAUUGGUCCAGAAUCUUAUAGAGCGCUGCCUUCAGAUGUACAUGAACAAGAAAGAAGUGGUUGAUGCCCUCUCCCACCACUCCAGGAUAGAGCCUUGUAUCACUGAACUUGUUUGGCAACAACUUGAGCAACAGAAUCCUCUGUUUUUCAAAGCAUACGAUAUGAGGCUAAUGCUUAAGAAUCAAAUAAUGGUCUUCAACAGGCUUCUCCAGGAUCAGUUCGAGAUUAUGAAUAAAGAGUUUUCUUCAGGGAUCCCUUCUAUGUCUCUUCCUAAUGACUCUAAUUCCAACCUAUUGAAGCAAGAUUCAUGCUUUUUGCCAGAGACUGCUCCUGGAAAUGCAAUGCCAGAUGGUAUAAUGCACAAUGGAAGUUCAAGUGGUAUAAUAAAUGACACACCAUCUGGCGAUCAGUUACUUAAUGCUAGUAAAGACUUGCAUGGCCUUCAUAGUCAAAUAGAUGCUUCAACUAGUCUACAGUCAGACCAGAAUGCAACUGCUGUGCUGUAUGGUGUAGACAACGAGACAAGCGCAACAAUAAAGACCGAGUCUUGCUACUCGAGUAAUGCUGAUUUUGCCUUCUGUGGGAACACUUUCCUGGAAUCAUGCCAGUCGAUAGGUGAUGCAUCUGGUGGUGGAUCCUUCAGCAGCUCAGAGUUGAAUGGGCAACCACUAAACGAUUCAAUUUUGGAUAUGGAGUCAUCAUCAUUUAGCUUCUUGAACCAAAUGCCCCAAAGCUUCAUGUUUUCAGACCUGGCAGAUGAUUUCAACCAAAAUGCAGAAAUAACACCAUUUCUCACUCCUGAGACAAAUUUCUCCGAUUCAACAGGGGGAGACCAUACAGGUUGAGCGGGUCAUGCACAGCGUACCAACCAUUUGUACAUAGGCACAUGGGCAGUCGAAUCUGCAUUGGUGAAGAACUUGAGGACCUUUUGAUCUAGCUUGUUUAUUUCUCUAGUUUUUGCGUCUUGAUAUUGUGGUAGUUUGGGGCUUCGGGUCUGGUGGGUUGUCUAGCCCAUCAGAACGCGUAAUGGGUACGGAGUAUUGGUCUUCCAGUAUGUUUUCAGCGUUAAUUUGGCUAAUUUCCCCCGCUUGGCUUGUACAACAAAUUUUAUCAGUACUGAGUACCAUGAGUUGUACUGCUGUAUAUGCUGCUUCCCACUCUCUGAAUUGGCAGAAUGAUUGAUGAGAAGACACUGCUUGGAGGAGUUGCCUCAGUUU